AACGGGGGUCAUCUCUCCGCCGCCUGACUGUAACCCCGCCCUCUCGGGACACGCGGGGACGGCGAAUCAAACAACAUUCGUUUGGGAAACGGGCUCCGCAGCAGGAGAAACAGACAGAAAGAGGAGGAGAGAGCCUCAACUUGGUGCCGUGUAGUGGAGCUGCUCCUCCAGGCGCGGUGCAGUCGCGGCUCUCCGCCCGGACCCCGGGACAUGCACGACCCUCCGAGGAGGAAGUGAACCGCGCCGCAGCGACGAAGAUGCAGGCGGAGGACAUGGAGGUACCUAUCAUUAAUAACCUUAACGAUAGCGGCGACAGACCGGGGCCGAAAGGGAGGGAUGUGUUCAAGGAUCAGCAGAAAGAGUCGGAGAGCUCCAUGGAGUCUCCAAACCUGGAGUUUGAGUAUGGAGACUCGGACACACUCACAGCUGAGCUUUCAGAGCUAUACAGUUACACAGAAGAGCCGGAGUUUGCCCUGAACAGAGACUACUUUGAGGAGGACUUCAGGAGCCAUGCUCGAGGCAGAAGGUGGACUGGGCUGACGGUGGACGAGCAGAGAGCGUACAUCAUGAGACUGCUGGACGCGCUGGAGGUGACGGACAGGGACAAGAGGCUGAAGGUGGCCAGGGCCAUCCUCUACUUGGCUCAGGGAGUGUUUGAUGAGUGUGACACAGAGGUGGACGUGCUCCACUGGUCCAGGCACAACAUCUUCCUGCUUUAUGACAUGGGCAUCUUCACGGCGCUGCUGGAGCUGCUCAGCAUGGAGAUAGAUAACAACCAGGCGUGCAGCAGCGCAGUGAGGAAGCCCGCCAUCUCUCUCGCCGAUAGCACAGAGCUGAGAGUGCUUCUGAGCAUCAUGUACCUGAUGGUGGAGACCGUCCGUGUCCAAACGGAGGACGACCGACCGGAGUGGAGAGCGGCCAGAGAGGCUUUCAAGAACGAGCUGGGUUCGCCUCUGUACAACGGAGAGCCCCUCGCCCUGCUCCUCUUCACCAUGGUGACCAAGUUCUGCAGCAUGAACGCGCCCCACUUCCCCAUGAAGAAAGUGCUGCUGCUGCUGUGGAAAACCGUCCUGCUUACGUUGGGGGGCUUCGAGGAGCUCCAGCAGAUGAAGGUGCGGGCCCGGGAGCGCCUCAGCUUGCCCCCGCUCCCGGAGGACAGCAUCAAGGUGGUGAGAGCCAUGAGGGCGGCGUCUCCGCCGGCCUCGGCCAUGGAGCUCAUCGAGCAGCAGCAGCAGCAGAAGAGGGGCCGCCGCAGCCGCAGGAGUGCCUUUGUUGAUAGCUUGGAAGGAGACAGUCCCUUUCCCAAGAAGCAGCCUCUGGUCAAGCAGGACAGUCUGGACACCUACAACGAGCGGGACCCCUUCAAGAACGACGACGCCCGGGACGAGGAUGAGGACCCCGAGGACACGGACAGCGGCAUCGAGGGGGAGGUGGACCCGCUGGAUCGGGACGUCAUCAUCCAGCCUCCGCCUCCGCCGCCUCCUCUGAGACCCCCGACGGAGAAGGUCAACUUCCCCAAAGGACUGCCCUGGGCCCCGAAAGUUAGGGAGAAGGACAUUGAGCACUUCCUGGAGACAAGUAGGAACAAGUUCAUUGGUUUUACCUUGGGAAGUGACACAGAGACCCUGGUGGGGUUACCCAGACCCAUCCACGAGAGUGUCAAGACCCUCAAACAGCACAAGUAUGUGUCCGUAUCUGAGAUCCAGAUCAAGAGAGAAGAGGAGCUCCUGCAGUGUCCGCUCAGCCUGGGUGAGGAGGAGGUGGAGGAGACGCCAGCCGAGAUUUUAUACGUGGGAAUGCUUCCUAAUCUGUCGCAGUAUGUGAUCGCCCUCCUGAAGCUCCUGCUGGCGGCGGCUCCGACCUCUAAAGCCAAAACCGACUCAAUCAACAUCCUGGCUGACGUGCUCCCCGAGGAGAUGCCCAUCACGGUCCUUCAGAGCAUGAAGCUGGGGAUUGACGUGAACCGUCACAAGGAAAUCAUCGUCAAGGCCAUCUCCGCACUGCUGCUGCUGCUCCUCAAGCACUUCAAACUGAACCACAUCUAUCAGUUCGAAAUAGUCUCCCAGCAUCUGGUGUUUGCCAACUGCAUCCCACUCAUCCUCAAGUUCUUCAACCAGAACAUCAUGUCCUACAUCAGCGCCAAAAACAGUAUAUGCGUGUUGGACUUCCCCCACUGCGCGGUCCACGAGAUGCCCGAGCUCACGGCUGAGAGCCUGGAAGCCGGAGACAGCAACCAGUUCUGCUGGAGGAACCUUUUCUCCUGCAUCAACCUGCUGAGGAUCCUCAACAAGCUGACCAAGUGGAAGCACUCCAGGACCAUGAUGUUGGUUGUUUUCAAGUCGGCCCCCAUCUUGAAGAGAGCUCUGAAGGUCAAGCAGGCCAUGAUGCAGCUCUAUGUUCUUAAACUGCUGAAGAUUCAGACCAAGUACCUGGGCCGCCAGUGGAGGAAGAGCAACAUGAAGACCAUGUCGGCCAUCUAUCAGAAAGUGCGUCACAGGCUCAACGAUGACUGGGCCUACGGAAACGAUAUCGAUGCCCGGCCCUGGGACUUCCAGGCGGAGGAGUGCGCCCUGCGGGAGAGCAUCGAGAAGUUCAACGGCCGGCGCUACGACAAGAACAAGAACGGAGACUUCGCCCCCGUGGACAACUGCCUGCAGAGCGUGCUGGGCCAGCGCGUGGAGCUGCCCGAGGACUUCCACUACAGCUACGAGAUGUGGCUGGAAAGAGAAGUGUUCUCGCAGCCCAUCCAGUGGGAGGGUCUGCUGCAGGACCCCUAACGUCCGAGACGGGAGGAGGCAGAGGGCUGGUGGGAGAGGAGGCACCAGAGGGGUCUCUCACCAGCCAGGAGAAGUCGUUUCAGGGUGUUGAGUUUUGUCACCGAAAUUUGCUAACUUUUUGCAGACGGCAUGCGGAAGAAGAAAUGGUUCUUAAGUCACAUCUCAGGCCAUGAAGCAAAAAGAGGGGUGGAAAAAAAUAAAUAAAAAAAGAAGGUAAGAUUGGGUCGAUUUGAUGCCGCACACGUAAAUUCUACACUGACACGUGCCUAAGACUACUAUGAAAAUGUAAGCACAUAAAGAAAGUAGCAAUUCAAUAACAUUUGGGAUUGUAGCACUUGUCAAAGUUUCGGCCAGUUGUACUGCCCCCCCCCAAAAAAAAUGCCAGCCCCUCCUCUUCAGUACGUCGGUGCUCUUCUGAUUCUCUUGUGACGUUUUGUUAUUUAUUCGUAACACAAGCAUGGGAAAAUAUCAUAUGGUGUUGUUUUUUCUUCGUUUUUUUUUUUUUUUUUCUUAAGUUGAAAACAAACUUAUCUUUUUUUAUUAUUAGAAUUUUUGAAACAAAAUCACGUGAGGUAUUGGGUUUUAGAUUGUUACUUUCUUAUGCAUUUUCUACCAAAAACAGUUACCAGACCUAUGAGCUACGAAAUAAAGAGAAGCGAACCCAGCUGUAGGCAUAUUUGUUCGUUUAUGAAGGUCUGGGUGUGCAGGACAAAAAGGAAACCAAACCAACGGAGGUAAAGGAAUGUAAAAACAACACGACUUCCCCGAAGGUGGGAAGCAGGAGUUCCCUAGGUGCUCUGAGUUUUGCAUCCAGCAUGGCUGCCGUCCGUCCAUGGAGAUUAGAGCGAUAGUUGCCCAUUUAAACUAUUUAUCGCUACUUUUUGAAUUCAUGUUAUAACAACCCUAAAUCCCACGUUUCUACCGUCCAACCUCUUAUUUGUUAAGAGCCUACUUAGUGUUAGAAAACAAAACAUUGGAAGAAAUUGUCACCAAUUUGUAGAGCACCAAACCAAGCAGUGCCUCGAAUGUGACGUCAGAGUCAGUUCAGAGCUCCAACCGCAACAUUUACCAGCUCGCCUCAGAGCUUAUGUCAUGGAGAUUGAAUUAAAAGUUCAAAUUAAAAAUUUGAAUGCACUAAAUCACAUUAAAGCACCCUUACGCCGAUGUGUUUGUUCAGAAUGAUAUUUAAGAGGUGUGCUAGAAUAUGCCUACGUGCUUUAAUACUGAGAAAACCGUUUCAUUUUCCUCAUAAUGAAAAUUUCUGUAAAAAUCUAUUGAUUACCCUCUGACUGAAACACGUUACUUGGAUUGUGUCCCUUUAAGAGCUCUCUCCUUAGAGCCGUGGUCUGUUGAGCUCAUUCGGGACAGAGAAGGCCCUUACAUUCAGCUUGGUCGCACCUGAAGGGCCCGGUUUGGCUUUGGCAUAUAAUGACCUAUGGCAGCUUGUGUGUGUGUGUGUUGCCAGGAAACUUUUGUUUUACGUAAAUGCUGUUGAAGGCACAAAACUGGUUUGCCAAAGCACUAGAAUAAGUAGCAAAUGUGGUGAAAUGUAUUUAUCUGCAGGAUCCAAACGCCACUAUAGGUCCACAAACUUCUCCAGACCACCUAGUUUGGUUCUUUUUACUGGAAACCUUUUCCAGAUUGCCCUUCAGGUUUUUUGUUUUUUUUCCGACUGCAUAAAGGUUAAUAAGCAAUACACAAUUGAAUUACUCAUCAGUGUGUUUUCUGUUGGGGGUUUAGGGAAGAGGUCCAGGUUAGGUUUAGGGUUAAUUGUUUUCUGGCUUUUUUUUUGAGAAUGUAGAAAUUUGAGCCUAUGAAUGAAGCCUGCAGCUAAAUGGUUCUCAGUUCCCAAAAAAA